UGUACCCUGAGUAAUGUAUUUCCAAUUCGCUAAACUGUAGACGGCGAACUCUGCUGCAUUUGUCCCAUGAUGCGUGUAACAUAACAAACCCUUAGUCUGUGGCAUGUAUUUCCAGUGAGCCUGGGUUGGAAUAAGUGAUGGUUUAAAUGGAGAGGAUCCGAGCUGAAUGGAUGAACGGUUAUGUAACACAGUCAAAGAAGGACGCAGUGCUGCACACCUGGCUUGAGACGGCUAGUUUACAUUAACACCAGAGAGACAAACGGCCCCCAUUAGUGGUGAAAGUAUUGUUAGCUUGGUCUCAUGCCUCGGCGCGUGUGUUUGUUUGGGUAAGGAAGUUUGUUUACGGGCUGUGAGAUGGAAGUUGGCAUUUGAUGAGCCGCAGCUGAAGCAUCAUAUGGAUGAACAGACAGAGAGAAAUAGAAGAAACUCUCAGCAUUAACACAGAUAAAAUAGAAGAGGCACAGAAAGAGUUCAAAGACCCCAAAGGUGCACACAAAGACACAAAUGAAAGUACUGGCAGAAACUCAGAAAGCAUCAAAGGACUGAAGAGAAAAAAAGUUGUGGCGCAAAACCAGCUAAAGAAGAUACCUAAAUCUCCUGUUAAAAAACAAUCCCAGACCAAGAAAUCAAUUUCUUCAAACAUCUCAUCCAAAGAAGCCACACCCUCCUCUUUUCCUAGCAGUCCAUCACAUGGAUCGCCUAAACCUGAAGAUGCUGAAGAUGGACCGGAGGAGGUAUCUGCAUCUAGAACAGUGAAAGUGGAGCAGGAGGAGAUAUCGACCUCAGAGCCACAGGCUCUCAGCCACAAAGGUGCUGCAGCGGAACCUUGUGUUGCAGAGCCUGUGCAGACAGAGAGCUGGUGUGGCGACAGCUGCAACAAAAGCACACAAUCUCCCUCUCACACAAGUGCUCCCCUUGAGGUACUGCUCAAGGCUAUGGAGCCAGAUUUUAUUGACUUCACAGAAAGGAAGAACAGCAGUCCAAUAGGACAUCUUGGAAAAUCUGCUUCAAAUCCCGUCACCUAUUCAGACUAUGCCGUAGCUAUGCCUGCUGUUAAUUUCAACAUCCAGUCACAAAACUCCUUCAUGCAACCAUUCAACGCAGCCAAACAGUACUACAGCAGUGUGGCAUCUACAGGUCAGCACAUAACACAGCCGUACAUGUCUGGAAAUCGUCAGCAAGAGAAACCAGGAGUCCAGAAAAGCUACAGUGUUGGUCCUUCGCUUACCUUGAUGCACGCACCUGUUCCAUCAGGAUCAGGUGGUUUCCCACAGAGCCAGCCCCCUGUUGUUCAAACAUGCCAGUCUUUGUCAGCCACAGUACCCAACUCAAUUCAAGUCCCCGUUACACCAGGUUACAACCCUGUUCAAAUGACAACGGUAGUCAACUUUGGUGCAAGUCAGGUAUCUGAUAUCUCCGCAAAAGAUCAAAAACCAAAAAAGCAAGGGAAGUAUGUCUGUGAAUAUUGUAAAAGAGCUUGUGCCAAGCCAAGUGUGCUUCUAAAACACAUACGUUCUCACACGGGAGAGAGACCUUAUCCCUGUGUGACAUGUGGCUUUUCGUUUAAGACCAAGAGCAACUUAUACAAGCAUAAGAAGUCUCAUGCGCAUGCUAUCAAGCUAGGUCUGGUGAAAGACUCUGGAAGUGGUUCCCUCUCCCAAGAGUCUGACAAAGGCCUGGCCACACAUUCAGAUGUUGAUGAAAGUGGGGACAGUGAUGAAGAAAGUAGUGCAGCUGACUUGGAUGCAGAUUCUUCACAGAGCAGCCUAACAGCAUUAUCUGAGAGCAGUUUGCAGAGUGCCAGCAUGAUACAAGGAAGCCAAGCAGAAUCUGAGCAUUCACUGGUGUUUGAAAAUCUUAAACCAUCAGCUACUCAGAGAGGAUGUGAGCCAAAGGUCACUGCCGCUCUCCCCAAAGUGGUAGUCCACCCUGUAAAUGUUUCACCUCUGCGUGCGGACAGCCCUCGAGUUACAGAUUCAGCACCUGAACAAGCCACAGCCCAGAGGCAGAGAGAUUUCCAACCAACAAAUCUAAGGUCAAAUGUAACGGUUCUAUCUUCGCUAAAAGAAGUGGAUUGCACAAGUCCUCCACAAGAUUCAGUCAGUGACGAUGAAGAUCAGCAUUGUAAAUCACCACUAGGAGGCAGCCAUGCCCAGCUACAAAGGCAACAAGCAACUGAUUACUCUCAACAGGCACAAGUCAAGUGCCUCCUUAGCCCUCGGAGUCUUGGGAGCACUGACUCUGGCUACUUUUCACGUUCUGAGAGUGCAGAUCAAGCAAUGAGUCCUCCAAGUCCUUUUGUUAAGAUAACUCCACCAGGAGACACGGACAUUACAAAAACCCCACACAUUCCUCCUUGCCCAGUUGUGGCAGCUGUCAUGCAUGUAGCAACUAUUGAAAAGCCUCGAGUUCCUUCAGGACAAAUGCGUCCUCCAUUGGAAACCAAAGCUCUAUCUCUCGAGGAGCGCAUUUCAAAACUGAUUUCAGACAAUGAGGCUGUUGUGGAUGAUAAACAACUAGACAGUGUCAAACCUAGACGGACUUCCCUUUCUCGGAGAGGUAGCAUUGAUUCCCCCAAAUCCUACAUAUUUAAAGACUCUUUUCAGUUUGAUCUCAAACCACCGGUAAGAAGAUCUAGUUCUAACUCAGACAUACCGAAAUCUCCUUUCACUCCUACAGACAAAUCCAAGCAAGUAUUUCUCCUUUCUGUACCAUCUCAGUAUCCAGCCAUGGAAUGUUUACCAAUAACAAGAAGUAAUUCCAUGCCUACCACACCUGGUCAGUCGGCUCUCUUCCCCAAUGUAACAACUCAGCCACACCAACUAAGGAUCUGUCAAUCGUUCGAUGACAAGAUCAGCUCACUAAAUGAUGAUGUAUUCUCUUCUGCUCCCUCUACUCCCAACCCUGCUGUUCACCCUCGCACACUAGUGAGGCAGAUUGCAGUUGAGGAUUUGUCCACAAAUGAUGGUCAUGUCCUUAUUCAAGUUCAUUCCAUGGAUGAGAGUCAUCACGGACCAAGUAUUACACAUGAGCUGCGAAGUAAGUCUUUUGAGCAUGCAACAGAAAGGAAUCGAAAACCACAGCAAAACAAAGGGACAAUGUAUGAAUGCGAGACUUGCCGUAACCGUUACAGGAAAUUAGAAAAUUUUGAAAAUCACAAGAAGUUUUAUUGUUCGGAACUGCAUGGCCCAAAAAACAAGCCUAUGCAUGCUAGAGAGACUGAACAUGAAGUGUUUGGACGUGGAAUUCAGCAGCCUCUUUUAAACAGAAAUGCAGUAAUUACUGGCAAUGUAGAGCAACCACUAAUGUUAAGAAAAAGAAGAAAAAUUAAAAGUGUUGGGGAUGAUGAUGACCAAUCUCCCACUGAGACCACACCCCCAUGUUCAAGAAGUUUUGACUCCAGCCAGUCUUCUACAGGAUCGAUAGGGCGGACUAAUUCUCACCAUACCCAAUCUUUAGGUAACUCUGCUAUUUUAGGGCAAAUACAAAUCAUUGCAAGGGCUGGAGAACUGCAAGAGUCAAGACUAUCUCCAAUACGAGAGGCUCAGAUAAGCACACCAUGUAAAGAACGAGGGGACCUCCAGAGACAAGGAAGUGGAACUUCAGUCAUUCGACAUACCAAUUCCCUAAGCCGACCAAAUUCUUUUGAAACAUCUGAGUCUAUUGACAGGUCAUCUCCAGUUGAUCCUGUGGAAAAGGAAACAAAGAUUUCUGUAAAAAGCCAUACAGAGACCGCAGUGAGUUCUUCGCAAAGUUACCAUGACAGAAUGUCUACACCCAAAUGUCCCAGCCAAACUCAUGAAAAGCAAUCCUUUGCAAUUGUAGGUGAUGUACCUCCAGUCCAGCAAUCUCGGCUUGUUCGCCAGAGCAACAUUCAAGUCCCUGAAAUAUUAGUAACAGAGGAACCAGACAGAGAUCAUGAAACCCAAGUUGUUGAAUCAACAGAAAAACCUGCAGAGACAUUCAGCUGGCCUCAGAGGAGUGAGAGCUUGUCCAAACUGCCAACAGAAAAACUCCCCCCAAAGAAAAAGCGCAUAAGACUUGCUCAAAUGGAACACUCUUCAGGUGAAUCCAGCUUUGAGUCAAGUCUCUCUCGUAGCCUCAGUAGAGACAGUAGCUUGUCAAGGUGCUCAAGUAUUUCAGCCUCCUUUGACAGAGAUGAUCCACCAAGAUCUGACAGCCCAUCAAGAGCUGAUAGUGUUGGGAAGCCACCAGAAACUCAAGGGGUUCCUGUAGCAAACAACACUCUUGGAGUGCCAGGCAUAAUGAGACGUUCUACUUCAGAACAAAUCAGCUACACUCAGUCAUCAGUGGAAAUUUCUUGUGACUAUCGUAGCAAAUCAUUUGACUGCAGCAGUAUGUCACCCAGCAGGCCUUUGUCACCAAUGCAGACUGCCCUUCCAAAAACUACACAGUGUCCUCCCUCUACCCUGGUACCUCUAAUUGAAAGAAGAAGGGGGCCUCUGGUACGUCAAAUGUCCUUGAAGAUUGCACCAGAGCCUCAAAUAGCAGUGAAACAGACUACCCCCAUCCAAAGGGUCCCCUUCACCAAUGAAUGCUCUGGGUCCCAACCUAGAUCAGUAAAUCUGAACACAUCCGCUCUUGCUCAGUGCUUUGCUGUGCACUCAGGAGAGGUCUCGCUACCAAAAAAUGAGCAAGUGGUCCAAAGCAUUAACCUUGGAGGGAAAACUGAACAACCACAAGUGCAUGGCCUUCCACACCCAUGGCAUCAGACCUCAAGGGUUGUGGCAGGUCAUGUGCAACCUCUUGUUCAUAUGGUAGGGGGUCAGACAGACAUUAAAAAGAGUUCUGAUGAGAAAAAUAAAAUCUUUAUACCUAAAUACCAAAUGAACUGCCCAGUACUGAAAACAGGCCAGACAUAUUCUUUGGCAGGUGUGCAAGGCACACAAAUCCCAUUGCCAGUGAUAACAAUACCAAUAGCUAAUGAAAUUAAAGGGUCACAUUCAAAUGAUGGAAUGCAAAAUGUCUAUGUUGCACAAUCAAGUUAUCAGGCUGUACUCAAUAAGCCUUCGAUUGUACAGCCUUCUAAUGCACAAGUUGAUACAGCUUCCCAUAAAGUGCCAGUAUCUGCACCUGUACCACAGAUUCUAAUCACCCAUGAGCACACCCUAGCAUCUGCUUCUGCAGUUUCUAAGGUCAGCUUCCCCAUUGCACCUUCUGUGAACAGAGAUUCGAAGAUUGGACCAGAAAUUCAAGCUCAAAAGCAACCAGGCUCUGUUGCUGUACAGAUGAAAAACAACAUGAAAACAACUGACCAAAUCCAAAACACAGAGCAAAGCAUCCUUUCCCUCGGAUCACUGCAUUGUAUGCAAAAAUUGGCAUCUGCAAAUUUAUGCCCCCAAGAAUCCACUGCUUCAAGCAAGCGUAUGCUCUCACCUGCUAAUAGCCUAGACAUUGCUAUGGAAAAGACUCAGAAGCGAGCUAAAGAUGAGCAUGGAGCUGCAUGUCUUACUGAUGGUAGAUCUCUGAACUACUUGAACUCAAAGAUGUCAGAAAUUACCAGACAGAGAAAGUUAAUGCUGGUUAGACAGGUCUGCACCACAGAGCCAGUGGAUAGCCCAAUUGAGACUGAUGCCCCAGAACAAUUGCCUGAGACAUUAGACACUGAAAAGAAUACUCAGAAACCAAUACCUCAGGUGACAACAACUGAGGUCAGUGAACAGGAGAUGGAGAGUAGAACCCCUACAACAACACCUCCUGCACGUUCUUUACCUGGAGUUCAAGGCUACCCCAUGCUAGAGAAUUCCACUUUAAAGCCACAAGAGAAACCUGAGGAGCAGCGCUGGUCUCCAUCAAAAUCACCUCUGAGGCCUCCAUCAUUUCAGGGACAAGUGAAGUUAGCUUCUUCUGUGUCUGUGGUCAACACUAGAGACAGCCAUCGUCUGUCUUUCCCCAGUUUGAAAACAGCUACAACUUUCACCUGGUGUUUUCUCAUGAAAAGGAAACCCCUCCACGUUCAGCAGAUGGAUCAGAGGAUCUCUGCCUAUUCUGCAUGGGUAGUAAACCCAAACAAUCCCAAUCCAUUGGGGCUUCCCACGAAAGUGGUAAUGUCCUUGUUUGAUUCCAAACAAACAUCCAAGAAAAUACACUACACCCAAGCAAAAACAACUACUUUGAAAUCUGACAUCUUGACCUACUCUGGCAAGCUGAAGGACGUCUUGCCAAAAGUUUUGAUACAGCAAAGAUCUGUGCCAAGUGAGAAUAGUGGAAAAACAAAACCAGAUACUCAACCUGUUAAUCAGAAAGAGUCAGACAGAGACACUUCCAAAUCGGAACCCCAGCGAGUGAAGAUCUUUGAUGGAGGAUACAAAUCAAACGAGGAGUAUGUGUAUGUACGGGGCCGCGGAAGAGGAAAAUACAUCUGUGAGGAAUGUGGAAUUCGCUGCAAGAAACCUAGCAUGCUGCGGAAGCACAUCCGUACACAUUCAGAUAUCCGUCCAUUUCACUGCACGCACUGCAACUUCUCUUUCAAAACUAAAGGGAACCUUACCAAGCACAUGAAGUCCAAAGCCCACAGCAAGAAGUGCAUGGAAAUGGGAGUCGCUGUGGGUAUUAUUGAGGACCAGGACGCAGAAGACUCAGGUGAUCGUGGAAGAGCAGGAAGUGCUGACAGACAGGACUCCGAUGGGGAUGACUCUGAUGGCCCAGAUGAUGAAGAUAAUGAGGGAGAGGAGGAAGAUGAGGAGGACAGCCAGGCAGAGUCUGGCCUUUCUGCUACACCUUCCGUUUCUGCAAGCCCACAGCACUUUUCUGCUAACCAGGCUGAUUUGGCUCCCAGCUCUUUACUGGCUCAGAUGUCCAUCAGCCCAAAUCCAUCCCCAGCUCUGCAAUCUCAGCCUCCUCCUACUUCGGACUCCCAGACAUCAGAUACAGAAUCUGUGGCUAUGACAAGCCCAGUUUCUUUGGUCAGACAGAUGUCAAUUUCUGCAUCCUGUUCCAGCCCCGGCCCUAAUCCAACCUCUUUUACAUCCCACCCGACCCCUGCCUCAGAAUCCCACACCUCUGAUACUGACUCCGUACACAUGAUGAGCCCAGUGUCACCAUGCAGGCAGAUGUCUAUCGACUACCCAGACUUUGAUGUUCCCCCUAGUCCCCCAGUGUCAGGCAAGGGUGCCAAGCUCGGCCAGGAUGGAGUGUCAAGUACGAUAUCCCAGCCUGCAAGUGAGUGCAAUGCCAAUGUCGACCGUGGUACUCAGACCUCGUCUGACCCUCUUCAGGGAUCCUUACACUUUCCACACGCAGGUCCGCUCCAUGAACCCAGAAUAGGAGCCACUACUCAUCUCUUCAGCCACCUGCCCUUGCACUCCCAACAACCUCCUCGUUCCCCGUACAGCAUGGUACCUGUGGGUGGCAUCCAGCUUGUCCCUGCCGGUUUGGCUGCUUACUCGACAUUUGUACCAAUUCAAGCUGGACCAGUUCAGCUGACCAUCCCAGCACUUAGUGUGAUCCACAGGCAGACCGGCAGCCCCCUCUCAGCACCCAACACCUCACCCCGGCCAGAUUGUUCCCCAACCCAGCCACUGGUAGUCCAGGAGCCAGUCAGCAGUGUACUGCCUUGUUUCCCCCUUGGCCAAGUGGCAGGGCUUCAGACACUUGGUGCUCACCAGACCGCCCUGCAGCCUGUGGGUUUGGAGACCUUGAGUGUUGUAGGUUUAGCCAACUCCACCCAGCUGGUGCCUCAACAGAGUCUGCCAUUAAAUGCCACCCUAGGCGUGCAGGUAUUGGCAGCUAGCCCUGCCCCUCAGUGCAGCACUGCCUCCCCAGCACAAAUCCCUGGUCUGCAGAUCCUCAACAUUGCCUUACCAGCCCUCAUACCGUCCCUCAGCCCACUUUCUGCCCUCAGCCCACUCCCUGCAACCCAGGACAAGCCACGUAGCCCUGAGGGUGUAGCAUCUGUAACUCUACCAGCACAGGUUGCUGGAUCACCACCAGCACCUCUUCCCUCAGCCAGUCCUCCAACAGCCAAUCCAGGAGAUGCUGCUGUCAAUGCAAAGCCAUGCAUGGAGGUUAGGAAGGUCUCUCAAAACAACCCUAGCGUUGGAUCUAGGGACACAGGGGGUGCAGAGAAGACUACAGGCAUGGUGGAAAAAUCAAAAGCCCCACCACAACCACCUUCGCCCUGCUCACCCUCGCUCUCUAAUGAGAGAGGCUGCAAUGUUGCACACAAAGGAUCAGCAGGUGAGGCUUGUGAAGUGAAACCACGGCAGCCUGUUUCCAGACAACCAGUGACUGAUGACUACAAUGAAGCCUCCAGUGAUGAUGAGGACAGACUUGUCAUAGCUACCUGAGAGUCCCAAUAAAAGCUCUUUCUUUUCUGCCUAUGAAUUUCUCUCUCUUUUCACCUCUUUCUCCCACUUUUUUGUAAAACUUUGUCACUUUGUAAAACUGAAACACUUCAGGAGGUUUGCAGCUCUGCAAACGUUCUAUAAAAAGCACACUUUCUGACAGUCAUAUUGUACGUGCAAUCAUGAAUGACGAUGAUGACCAAUUAUUUUUAUUUUGUACUUUUUGUCAGCACCAGACAGUUUUUUGUUUUUCUUUUCUUUUUGUACAUGUUGUAUAGACGAUUGUGCCUUUUGGAGUUUCUUGUUGAGAAACCUGUAUAUAAUAUCUUAUAAAUCUAGUAGUUGCCUAUUACGUUGAUAUGGAAGUUAAAGGAAAUUUGUUUUAUUUUUAAAUGUUUUCAUUUUGAAAAGUUUUAUGUCUCGUAUCCUAAAUUGAUGGGGAAAUUAAAUGUUGUACUGAAAUAUAAACAUUUCUAUGGCUUUUGGGGGGCAGUGUUCCUGUGCACAGAUGUUGUGGUCAAGUAUUUAUUAUAAUCCACCUGGUGCCCAUUUUGAACUCCAUAAGUCCAUAGGUAUGAGUAAAAUGGUGGCUUUACAUUUGCUGUAUCUAUACUAUCGGCAGUAUCAGUAAAACCUUGUUUACAAGUGCAGAAAUGUC